CAAAACCCUCACAAGAAGGGAGUCUACCGUGACCAUUACAUCUGUCAACAUGUCAAAUAAAGAUGAAGAGGCUCCAAAAAAGAAGGGAAUGUUCGGGUCGAUGAAGAAGUUUUUUGGUUCCAAGUCGAAACCCAAGAAGGAAGAAAUCCCCAUAGAAACCAUCAAGGAGCCAGAGAAACCCAAGGAACCAGAAGUCCCCCCUCCCGAUGGUAAACCUGUGACAGUGAACAUCAGAGGGACAGACCUGGAUGUGUACAUACCGGACAGGUACUGGUGCAGACCCGUCAAUCACAAAUACCCGGAACACAAGCUCAGUCUGGACUGGGUGUAUGGUUACAGAGGCAAUGACUGCAGGAAUAACCUGUUCCCAUUGGCCAGCGGGGAGGCAGUAUACUUCACUGGGACUGUGGCAGUUAUCUACGACCAUUUACAGUGUAGACAGAGACACUAUAUGGAACACACGGGGGAAAUCAGGAGCAUUGCUGUCCACCCAGACAAGGUGACAGUGGCUACAGGCCAGAAUGAGGUGCAGUAUGACUCCUACUCUCAGGCACAUAUACGGAUCUGGGACUCCAGAACGCUUCAGACCCAGAAGGUGCUGGGAACAGGGGCCUUGGAGAAGGCAGUCAUCGCCUUGGCAUUUUCAGGGACACUGGACCGACUGGCUGCUAUUGACAGUAGUGAGGGUCACAUGAUGUCAGUAUGGGACAUCAAGUCAGGGAAGAAACUCACUGAAGCACAGGUUGGUACAGAGGUGGUGUGUCAGGUUGGGUUCAGCCCCAGGAGUCCAGACACAGUAGUGACAGCAGGGAAGGAACACCUGGUCUGGUGGGAGUUAGGUGUGGAGACAGGCACUCUACAGGAGGUGGCCAGGGCUAACUAUGAUCAACGGUACAACAAGGCGAAGUACAUCAUCUGCUUCCUGCACAACGACCGCGGUGAUCUGAUCACAGGGGACUCCAACGGGACAGUGUUCGUGUGGGGAGAAGGUGGAAACUGCAUAACACAGGCUCUAAAGCACAUUCAUGAGGGUCCGGUAUUUUCUCUUCUGAUGAUGAAAAAUUUCCUCCUGACGGCCGGCAGGGAUGGGAUGGUGUACGCCUUCCCAUGGGGGAAAAACAUGGAGCACAUGGGCUUCUCCGCUAGUUUACAGGUCCCCAGAAUAGAAGGAGGGAUCAGAAUGCAGUGUGUAACAGGAGAUGGAUCCGUGUUACUCCUGGGCACAACUGUGAACUCCAUCCUGUCUGUCAGUCUGACUUCAGCAGGAUGUCCACUACUGGGCGCCUCACUAGACAAGGAUGUGGUCACACAGGGUCAUUUUGAUGACGUGAAGGCCAUUUGCCCCCAGCCUUCCCAUGCUGCCCCUGGGCAGUUUCUGACAGCAGGGAAUGAUGGGACAGUCUGUAUGCACGACUCUGACUCCCACAGUCUGCAGUGGAAAUAUGUCAUCAAGGGAGCGACUAUCCAGUGUGCUGACUUUUACCACCCUGGGAGUCUACCUAGAGUUGCUUUGGGAACAAAGGAUGGCAGUGUGAUAGUGCUAGAGGUGAAUGACAUGGACGAGGUGUCAGAGAUGUGCAGGGCCAGCAAAACUGCUAGGGGGCGCAUCACAGUCAUCAAGAUAUGUCCAGAUGGAGAGAGGAUAGCGGUUGGUUGUCAGGACGGUUCGGUGCAGAUCCUGCAGCUGACGGACUACUGCAGCAAACUGGAGCUGCUGGGGAAGUGCAAAGGUCACAAGGGCGCCAUCACCGGUCUGGACUGGUCAGCUGAUCUGCCCACGGGAGGGUACAUCAUUCAGACCAGCUCCAGUGACUACCAACACUUUCUAUGGGAUGUUGACCAGUGUGUGCAACUGACCGACAUGGCCGGACUCCGGAACACCGAAUGGCUGACCUACAACUGCAUGCUAGGAUAUGUGGUCAAAGACAUUUGGAAUGCAGGGCUGGAUGGUCGGGACGUGCGGACACUCGACAGGGCACCCAACUGGAGACAUGUAGGCACAGCUGACGAGAGAGGGGAGAUCCACAUGUUCACAUACCCCUGCGCACACAAAGAUGCACAAGCUGACACCUACAAGUGCCACAGUAGCCAGGUCAGCUGCCUGCGCUUCCUGCACGAUAACAUCCACCUGGUGACGGCUGGGGGGAAGGAUACCAGCAUCUUACUGUGGAAAAUCACCAGUCAGUAACCGUGGCAACAGAUCUGCAGUCAGUAACCAUAGCAACAGGUUUGCAGUAACUGUGGCAACAGAUCUAUAGUAACUGUGGCAACAGAUUUGCAGUCAGUAACCAUGGCAUCAGGUUUGCAGUAACUGUGGCAACAGAUCUGCAGUCAGUAACCGUGGCAACAGAUCUGCAGUCAGUAACCAUGGCAACAGAUCUGCAGUCAGUAACCAUAGCAACAGGUUUGCAGUAACUGUGGCAACAGAUCUGCAGUCAGUAACCGUGGCAACAGGUCUGCAGUUAGUAACCAUGGCAAUGGGUUUGCAGUCAGUAACUCUUGCAACAGAUCUCCAGGCAGAAGAUCCAGCUUUGCAGUAACCGUGGCAAUAGAUCUCGUCAGAAUUCGUAACUGCAGAUCUCCAGGCAGAAGCCGUAGCAACAGGUCUGCAGUCAGUAACCAUAGCAACAGAUCUCCAGGCAGUGACCAUAGCAACGGAUCUCCAAGUGAAACAUAACAGACUUCUUAACAUUGUGACAAAUGGAACGAUUUUAUGAUCAGCAUUGAAUUCAAUCUAUUGAGAUUUGGUCAUAAAAUAUACUAAUAUGUGGAUAUCAAAAUACUAAAUUGAUAAUAUAUUUAUAUUUGCAGCUGCUUUUAAGCAUGUUUGUGUUGGAAUGGUGCUCUCCUUGUGUGCUUGUGUGGAUCAUAAGCAUUGUUUUGUCUAGUACAUUUGUAGUGGCCUUAUGUAAUGAUUCCAGAUCUAGACAUAACAGCACUUCAAACACAGGACCCUCGGAAAACAAGAAUACCAAAGAUGUAAAAUAAAAGAUGGACAUUGGUGUAUUUAUAUUCUGUGACUCUUAAAGGUGAACAUUUGAGUGUAAAUUUUGUUACAUUUCUGUUGUUGCAUGGUACAAGUUAUUGUGAUAACUUACGGUGUAUAUGUGGUAUUUUAAUGGGUGUAAUAUAUGCAGUUUCAGAGUAAAGAAUAUACCUUUUUGUCUAUUAGUAGGCAAAUAUUAAAGGAACUAACUGUAGCCUAAAGAAUUGAAUUUACGUUGUAACAAGUCAUGUUAAGUCAGUGCUGCUUUGACUAUGGGCUUUUUCAGCCUUGAAAUGUACUGUAGUGUGAUGUCAUAGUGUCCACAAGAUGAACUUUAGGCCACAGCAAGUAAUUUUUAUGGGUGACAUUGGCGUGCGCAUAAUUUUCGGCUGAUUUUG